AUCUUUAUUCAACAUUAACAGCCUGCAACCAGAUGUCAAACAGCUGUCCAUUAAGCCCUGUUGCUGGGCAUGUACAUAUAGGCAUUCCCCUUAUUUUAAGCGUAUUUCGUGCUUACACUUCCCAUUUAUAUGUACGCAAGGCCUUAGACUUAUCUCGUAAAGACGGGGAAUUAGAGCUCUAGGGCUUAUCAAGAUGAUGACAAGGCAUAUGGACCGAGACAUGGGUCUCGUUCACGCUCUCGGCGGUGUGCCCGUUCCAUCGGGUUGGAUAUAUUAUAGCUCGACACGCACUCGAUGCUGUCAUGUCACUAUGAACUCCUUACAUACUACCUAUGUGAUACCUUCGUCUAUGCUGGGACUUCUUGGAAACAGUCAUGUCGGGCAUAGAACUCAAGCCGUCGUUUCCCGCGGGUCUUCCAUCGGCCGCUUCUGAGCCUCCAUCUACUCAAGCCAUUAUUAAGGCACUUUCGCUGGAACCUCAUAUCGAAGGUGGAUAUUUCGUCGAAACAGAUCGUGAUCCUCUUCUCAUACCUUCCCCCUUCCCCCCAACUCCAGCAUCAUCUCUUGUGCCACAGAGACCUGGCUUCGACCCGGCUUACCGCAAUGCCUCGACCUCCAUAUUCUACUACCUGACUCCCCAGUCGCCUCAAGGCAAUUUUCACCGGAAUCGGGGAAGAACCGUACAUACCUUACAUCGCGGCCGCGGCGUGUACGUUUUGAUGCAUGCCGACGAGCCCGAUCUCCCCGGAGGCGGGAAGAGAAUCGAGACAUUCACCGUCGGUCCGGACGUCGCUAACGGCGAGAAGCUACAGUGGAUCGUCGAGGGAGGCAAGUUCAAAGCUAGCUUCUUACUUCCGGAUAAUGCUAGCGGUAGUGAGAAGGCUAGUGGCGGACUUUUGAUAUCAGAAACGGUCGUUCCGGGUUUCGAAUUCUGUGAUCAUGACUUCUUGAAUACAGAAGAGUUUCGAAAGCUGGUUAGCCCCGAGAAGGUGGAAGAAUUGGCCUGGCUAGUGAGGAAGGCUUAACGACGGUUUAGAGACGAUGAGAUGAAUGUCUUCUCGAUCUAGCAGGGAAUGAACUAUUGAGAAAUUAAGCAUGUCAAUAUCGCUUAUCAUCAUGAGUUAUAUUCCGAACGAUUGUAGUUGAGCAUUGUGCCACGAGCCUCAGCUCCUUUCUUACUAUUUUUUUUUUCGCUUCCUGGCUUAUAAGUAUUGCUAUUUCUGACAUAUGAUGAUAGCCAGUGUGUUAUAAAACUAUGGUGUGAGUAGUCGCCCAUAUUUAGAACCAUCAGUAGGGCUUGAUCACACCUGUGAGAAUCUUUAGGCGGCUACUUCAGUUUAACAAAGUCUACCUAGAACGAUAAGUAGGAGUAUAGACGUUACAUGAUAUACACCCCGCACUCGUCCAAUAACAUCACAACUUAUUUUCUACCACAAGAAGCGGCCCAAGCCCAAGGUCUUUCAAUGCUCCUAGAUUCUUC